UAUGCUGAUGAGGGCCGCCUAUUUUGUAUGUUAGCAAAUCAGUCUCAACUUCAGUUUCAAGAAAUGGCACGCUGGAUUUUGGUACUUUGUGCAACCUCAUUUUUUCUGGGGCUCUGCCAAGGAUAUGGAAUAUGCGAAGCAGAUGGAAGGGCUCAUUGUGUUAAGUCGGACAACUGCAAAAUUAAUUUCACUUAUCGCUCGAACGGACAAGCUACCGGACUCUCGAACGGACAAGCUACCGGACUCUCGAACGGACCAGCUAGCGGAUGCCCACAUGGUACAAUUUGCUGCAAGGAUGAAGACAUUGCGUGCGGACCGUAUGGAAAACACAACUGUAUCCGUCAGGAUUUGUGUAAAAAUCCUGAAGUUAACCCAAAAGAACUAAAGGAGUGCCCAAAUAAUUAUAUAUGUUGCAAACCUGUAGAAAAAACCAUACUGAGCACAUACGAAAAACUAUAA